GGGACCGGGGCCAUCCUCACCUCCCUCUUUGUGACACCGCUGGAUGUGGUGAAGAUCCGGCUGCAGGCACAAAGGACCCCUUUCUCCAAAGGGAAGUGUUUCCUUUACUGCAACGGGCUCAUGGACCAUCUGUACGUCUGCCAGAAUGGCAACAGCUGCACCGCCUGGUACAAGGCCCCCACCUGCUUCACUGGCACACUGGAUGCCUUCGUGAAGAUCACACGCUACGAGGGCAUCAGGUCUCUGUGGAGCGGCUUGCCCCCCACCCUGGUCAUGGCUGUGCCAGCCACCGUCAUUUAUUUCACCACCUACGACCAGCUCCGGGACUACCUGCACGCUCGGACAGGAAGCCGGGGACACCACAUCCCCUUGCUGGCCGGGGCCCUUGCCAGGCUGGGCGCCGUGACGGUCAUCAGCCCCUUGGAGCUCAUACGCACCAAGAUGCAGUCCCGACAGCUCAGCUACCGGGAGCUGCGUGUCUGCAUCCAGUCGGCAGUGGCUCAGGAUGGCUGGCUGUCCCUCUGGAGGGGCUGGGGACCCACCGUGCUGCGAGACGUCCCCUUCUCAGCUCUCUACUGGUUUAACUAUGAGCUGGUGAGGGAAUGGCUCUGCAGGCAGGUCCAGCUGGACGAGGCCACAUUCAUGAUCAGCUUCACAUCCGGGGCCGUCUCUGGGACGGUGAGUGGCUGCGGUGCUGACCUGCCCUUCGACGUGGUGAAGACCCAGCGGCAGAUCGAGCUGGGAGACAGCGAGGUGCACCCAGUCACAGCCUCCAAGCCUUCCUCCACCUGGCUCCUCAUGCGGCGCAUCCAUGCCGAGUCUGGCACCCGGGGGCUGUUUGCAGGCUUCCUGCCCCGCGUCAUUAAGGUGGCACCCGCCUGUGCCAUCAUGAUCAGCACCUACGAAUUUGGCAAGACCUUCUUCCAGAAGCUGAACCAAGAGCGGCGGGGGCGCGGG